AGUAGGUGGAGAUAUGCUUCCUCCAAAUAUGGGCGAAUAAGUGCACGUCAAAGUCAUGCGCCCUGCGUCCUGAAUUGUUUGACACUAUGCGGUUGAGGUUGGAGUAGUUUUAGUUUGUAUCCAUGUCAUAAUAAUAUACUUUUACGUACUUAUUCAGGGCGGUAGUGUAAUUAUCUCUCCCUUCUUUUUUUUUUACGGGCGUCCCAACCAGAAUAAUGAUGGUUUAUGCUCACAUUUUGAAAGUUCUGCACAGAAAUCUGAGACAAACCGCGACACAACUCUGUGUGCACCGGUGCUAUGUUGUCCACACGCACAGGACAUUGAGCACAGCACCAGCAUUUGUCCGCCUCGGGUCAAAGGUCUCUUCACUGGACUGUCUCGCUGCAAGUCAGAGACACCAAGUUGCGUCUGUCCACUGUACAGCCAGAAGCAGAAGCAGCCCCGAAGACAGAGGCAAGUCUGUGUCCAGGUAUCAGAGUGGGACGCCUACACCUUCAGCUGCACAGAAAGUGAAAGAAGCUGGAAGAGAUUUCACCUACUUGAUAGUAGUUCUCAUCGGCCUGGGAGUCACAGGUGGGCUGCUGUAUGUGGUGUUUCAGGAGUUGUUUUCUUCCUCGAGCCCAAACAAGGUCUACAGCAGAGCUUUUGACAUAGUCAAAUCCCACCCAGAGGUGAUCGGUGCCUUUGGCGAGCCAAUCAAAUGCUAUGGUGAGACAACCCGUCGAGGAAGGAGGCAGCAAGUCAGACACACGGAGUACAUGAAGGAUGGACUAAAACAUAUGAGAGUUAAAUUUUACAUCGAAGGCUCAGAGCCGGGCCUGAAAGGAACGGUGCAUUCGGAGUCAAAAGAGAACGCUGAGACUGGAAAAUAUGAAUUUCGCUAUAUAUUUGUGGACGUAGACACAUACCCCAGGAGGAGCAUUAUUGUGGAAGACAACAGAUGAACAAGAUUUAAAAACAGGGAAAUGCUGUCUAACUAAAAUGCAGGCGUUUGUGUCCAUGGAUGAGAAAAGUCUUUAUUUUUUAUUUUUUGCAAUAUUUGUGGUUGAUUGAAAGUCAUUUUUCUUGUAGCAGUUUAACAAAGUCAAAUGUAUUACAAAUAGAAAUUGUUUUGGGAUAAAAUUAUGGAUUGUAACUUUAAUAAAAUAUGUGGAGUUUUUUUAAUCUUUGUUGCCUGCGGUUUUAGAUUAUUUUGCUCAGCUAAAUUUUAUGUAGUUUUUUUUCUUUUUUUAAUACAAAUGCCUUGUAUUUUUUAGUUAUUACAGCAAAUAAAAACUGUUUUUAAAUUGUAAAAUUGGUUGGUUAGCAGCGUAUUUUCUGCAUUGUUUUGAAUAGUGUGGUGCAUCUUAAUGUAUUAACCACCAGAUGGAGACAAAAAUCUUAACAA